AUGCCGACACCGAGUGAUUCGAUCGCCGAGGCGAUCGCCGCCCGCACGACAUGUCCACCCGAGCCCGACAGGACUCCGACCUGGCGCGACACACCGGAUAGCGCAUCAAACGGGGACCCUCUUGAGGGAUUAUCACCUGAGAUUCCAAUUGCGCCCUCUGUCCCGAGUCGAUCUGAUACCGGCGGUACUCCCGAGCCGCUGAAGGUGGAGGGGAAGGUGACGAGUGUCGAAGAGGAUGAGCCCGUCCGGGCUACCUCACCCGCCGAGUCAACCUGCCCUUCCAAUCAGUCGCUAGAAACUUCCUCCGGGUCCUCACUUCUAAGUUGGGAAUUUUCUAACGUUCGUCUUACACCGAACCAUACUUCAUUUCUUCGUUCCGGCAGCAAGUUCGUUGGAACACAGCAAUCGGACCGUCAGGUUUACAAUGUCGAUGUCGAGAUUAAGCAUGUGGAUAUGGCUGAGUCCUACCUCUGCGGUUAUCUCCGCAUUCAAGGCCUUACAGAAGACCACCCUACUUUGACCACCUUUUUCGAAGGAGAGAUUAUUGGUACCAAACACACUUUCCAGACUCGUAAUGAGGCUUGGGGCGCAUCGGAAAAGACCGACCUACACCAUUGGUCUCGGUUUCCUGCCUGGCGUCCCUUGGCUAAACAGGCCAAACGAGCCGACUUCACAUACCGCAACUUUACCCAGCGUGAGCACAUAUUUAUGAGAUGGAAGGAGUCGUUCCUGGUACCCGAUCACCGGGUCCGGACUAUUUCGGGUGCCAGUUUUGAGGGAUUCUAUUACAUUUGCUUCAACCAGAUUGAAGGAACCGUCAGUGGGGUCUACUUCCAUGCAAAGAGCGAGCGGUUCCAACAACUUGAACUCAAGCAUGUCGAAGAUCGUGGAUGUGCACCAGCAGUCGAGUUCCGCUAG